UUCUACUCUUGGUGUUGUACCCUCAAGUACUAUACUGCGCAGUGGUGUUUUUUUCUCUCUCCUACUUGCUCUUACAUCUUACGUGAAAAUCAUUAUCAAGGUUUACAGACCUUGUGUCAUUAUAUAAAUGGCUUUUUAAAAGCCGGUGAUUCAUUAUUUCUGUGUACAUUUGUUUCAGUGUCGUUUGGAUAAGUAAAAUGUUUUCGUCUAAACAUGUUUUUCUUGCUUUCCUGAGGGGUGGGUCCUCCCAGCUGCGUCGGAAGCACACGCUGCCUGACCUGCCGUAUGACUACAACGCCCUGGAGCCGGUCGUCAGCACAGAGAUCAUGAAACUGCACCACUCGAAGCACCACGCCGCCUACGUCAACAACCUUAACGUCGCCGAGGACAAGCUGAAAGAAGCGGAGGCCAAAAAUGACACUAGUGCCAUGAUAGCCCUGCUCCCAGCCUUGAAGUUCAACGGCGGUGGCCACAUCAACCACACCAUUUUCUGGCAGAACUUGUCGCCUACUGGUGGCAACCCAAGUGUGGACCUGGAGGCGGCGAUAAAGAAGGACUUUGGCUCGCUGGAGGGCCUGAAGGCACAGCUGUCGGGCAUCUCGGUAGGGGUGCAGGGGUCCGGCUGGGGCUGGCUGGGCUACAACAAGCAGUCCCAGAGGCUGCAGCUGGCUGCGUGUGCGAACCAGGACCCUCUGGAGGCGACCACCGGCCUGGUCCCGUUGUUUGGCAUCGACGUGUGGGAGCACGCCUACUACCUCCAGUACAAGAACGUGCGACCAGACUACGUGAAAGCAAUAUUUGACGUGAUCAACUGGCGCGACGUCUCCGAAAGAUACGCAAAAGCAAAGCUCAGCUGAACAGCUGUCAAUUUUUGUUUAUAGAAACUUGCACUCACAAUCUCUCAUAGACUGUUAGGUGUCUGGUUGGUGGGCACUGCUUUCUUAGCUUACCAUCUAUCAUCAUCAUCAGUCAUAAAAUAUAUGGUUUUUAUGCUCAAAUUUGUAGUGUUUAUUUGAGAAGCUGAAUGCAUUUGCUAUUUUUUAUGUGUACCAGUUUACAUAUAAGUUGAGGCCAAGUGAUCUUAUAAGUUAAGGAGGGAAGGAAACCAAUGUUUUUGAUUCCUAUGUAAGCUUUGUAAAAAGAAGAUAAGACUGAAAGUUGUGGUAUUCGUAUUAUUUACCACAAUAAAUUGAUGUGAAACUGUAGGUACUUGGUCUGUAUUGAAAUAAAUGAAUAUACUUAUUUAGAAAUGCA